AUGAUGGGAAGAAUAUUUUUGGUGAGGGGGACAUCCAUGGAUCGCCAGCGAGAAAGCGCUAAGGCCUUGGCUAUUGGGUCGGACAAGGAUGUAGAGUAUGCAAAAAUCGAGGGAAUUCUUGGCGCUCUGCGAGAUUUGUUCUCCUCCCGUUUCAAUCCCUUUUCUUUGGUGGCUGAGCAAAUCUCGCAGAGCGCCAAGAAUUCCCUCGCUUUUUGCAUACGCCAAAUCUAUGAUCUGUGCCUCAGCUGUGAACCUCCAUUUGAUCAUCCAGUGCAACUACACGCGUUCGGAUACUAUGGGCUUACCGGCACUCGGUUGAAAGACCAAGGGAGAAUCCAACUCACUGCUGUGAAUGUUACUGGGAGGAACAUCAUUAGUGACGUUGCUAAUGCGACUUGCUUAAAAAUUUCCGCAAUUCUCACGCUCCAAAUACCCUACUUCCAUUUCCUCUUUUGGCUAGUGUCAUAUCUAUGGUUUAUAAGCAAAUUGACGCCCGGCUUAACUUCGGCUCAGUCGCUGCUCAGCCUGCACCGCCACAGCUCAGGAAGCUCACCACCAACUCACCCUUCUGUCCAAACUUCGUUAGACAUCCUUCUAAUCAUAGCCUAUUUCUGGGUUAUUUUCGUAGAGAGUAGUAGUGGCCUAAAUAUGGGCUAUCUCGCACGCUGUAUGGCCCCAGAAGCUACCGUCGAUAGCUGGUACUGUGCCCUUUGCUUUGUUCUUGCCUUCCGUCCCGUCUCUCUUGUCUCCGCGCUGUACGAUUUUUCCUGCCUUCAUCUUUCGCUCUUUCCUUUCAUUCUCAAAUUCACUAUGCCAAAGCCGAAGAAGAGUUUUAUUCAGCUAGCACAAGAGAAGAUACGCACCGAAGUGCCCCCAUCAAUUAACAGUGACGCCAUCUUUAAAGGUCUCGAAGAUCAGCGACGAUUAGAAAAAUGGGACGAAUUUAUCGACUAUGUCAAAGAGGAGAAGAAGGACUGGCCCAUCCCUUCAGUCUACGAUGUAAAAUCCCUCAAGUAUUUCGUGUACAUGCAAGCGGCUGGUAUAUCAGGUACUAUGGGGAUGAAUGCAUGCGUAGAGACUGUUCAUAGCUAUUGGAAUCAAUUUACGUCAGCAUGGGCUCGAAAGUACGGAGCGAUUCGAAAAGAUAUCAUAACGACUGUUACAAAUCAUAUCUAUACUAAGCUGAGGAUAGAGCUUGAACUGUUGAAAGAAAAGAAGCCACAAAGAUACGCCAACGGCAACCAUCUUAAAUCCUAUGCAGAUGCUUACUGGGGUUGUGACUGGAAGGAGUACAACCAUCUACAUCUACUCCUCGGCGCUCGCAGAGGCACCGGGCGAGGAUUGAAAUUCAAAGUGAGUUUCUCUAUAGCUGUAAAUUCAUGCCGCAAUACUGAUUACCAUAUUUUGGGAGAGCCCAAACUCGCUAUUCGGCGGAUAAAAGAUGCAAAGAAUACUUCCAAUGACCCGGACAGUAAAAAGCCGAAAAAUACCAUUGAGGAAGGGCGAGUGGAAGCUCCCCUUUAUACUAAUUCACUGCUCUUCACUUUGGCAAGGCUGCUGAGCAGGCGUGCAUUCCGAGACCACAGCACUAUCGAGAGCCUCCUCGACGUUAUUCCACCAAAAAAUAUGAACUCAGUGACUAUUGCAUGGAGAGACGAUAUACUUGAGCAACCUGUCUACUACAAGCCAACGCGGGAUACCGAUAUCGAAACAGCAAACGCUUACCAUACGAGGAUUACGGACUCAGGUAUUCGCGCUGGUUUACUGGAGCCGCCAACGACACAUGACUGGAGAGCGUACGUUCUCUUUCUAAUAGGGCAGCCGCUCACAAGAACCGAAAAACAUACAGCCAAAAGUACGACUAUAGCGAAUGUCGCAUUGACGGCUAAAAUACUUUUCUUGGCGAAGGGAGGAGCGAAGAGGCUAGUGCCACUUUCCUUGAGCAGAGCGUACAAUUUGGAAAGGAGUCAAGAGUAUGUUGAGAUUGAAGAGGAGAUUGAAUAUUUAUGGGAUGACAAGACUACGACAUCAAAAGGUUGUAUUAAGGAGCUACAGGCGAAAAGGAGUGCUUUAAUAGACAAGGCUCUUAAGAAGUGGCAAAAGAAUCAGCCAUAUAAGCCGAAUGAUCUACCUAUGUACCAUUACGGAAUCUUCAAUCGUUGCCGGUUCAUGAUGCCAGAGCGAGAUCGCCUAGCCACCAAUCUCUUCAAGAGCGCGACGCUGCGCAGCACUCUAGGCCUGUCCACUUUGCGUGACUUGGUGGCACUUCUCAGCAAGAACACAGAGGUUGAGUUCAGGCCAGGCUUGGAAGAGACAAAUGCGUACAACAACAAUGAGGUUUCUAAAAAAUAUGACUGGAGGCACAUAUACAACUGCUACAAAAAGGACCGCUCUGCUGCACGCGGCUUUGCCGAACUGUGUUUUAAAUGCAACGAGUGGGUCCUUUCAGAGCAGGAAUGGAAAGACCACUGCGCCGGUGAUCUCCAGGACCUAGAUUCCUUCUCGAUCUACUUUGAUCCUCUGAUCUACAGUGGGGUCCUUGCAACCCCUGGAUACUGCCCUUACUAUAAAUGGUUAUUGCACAUCCAGAAAAAGCAUAUGGCAAAGUUGGAAAAGCGCGAGACGGUAAAAGAGAGUGCCAUAACCUGCCCUCCACCCCACCCAAAUUGUCCAAAGUCCUUCCACUCCGUUUUGCAUCUGGAGUUCCAUCUCGAAGAUAUCCAUGGCAUCCCACUGACCAAAAAGCCAAAUGCGAAGAGAAAGAGGCCUGUCAACGAGAGAAAACAAGUCAUGAGCCCACCGGAGAAAAGAUGCAAAAGCGAGUAUGACCUCUUCAUCAAUUCCAUAGCGGCAAAAAUGGAUGCACGUGCGCGGAAUGCACUGAAAAUAUUGUCUAGCCACAAGAAAUCCUAUCACAGAUGCGCUGGGAGUAAUCAAGGGGAAGACAUGCGUUUCGACACCAAAACGCCGCCGCCAUUAGUCUCAUACACUAAUCUAACAGCUGACCGUGACUUCGUCCUGGUAGAAGAAGUGGAUCAGAUGGCGGCGCAGGGCUUUAGUGUGGAUUGGGAGGUAGAGCCUUACCCUUUUCCGACACCUUCUUAUCACUCCGCUGGAAGCACUUGGAGUGAAGAGGGAUACCCAGGUCCCAACACACCACUGUCAUCGACGUCCAAUGAGCUGAGCCCAGGCACACAGCCUUCUAUUGACUGUCAAGUGCCGGUUGUGGAUCUCACUUCAGAAGCUGUCAACAACUUUCGGUAG